AUGCUUGUUAACCGUCUCGAGAGGAUUCCGAUCCAUGUACGGCUAGCUCGAGCGCGCCGUGCGGCGGGGAACAAUCAUUGCGCAUACCGGGCCUUUUUUGAAGACAGUGUCACACAAGAUAGCCAGCGGGCAGUGGGCACUGUAGAUGUCUUCUCUGGUGUAGCAGCAACAGUUUGUGCCUUAGAAUUGAGAGUAUGGGAGGCAAUACAACAUGCGUUUGAGGCCCGCUGCCCUGUUCCACCAGAAGAGCAGUGGCGUGUGCGACAGGUUAUAUCGGACAUUGCUGCAGCAAGGGAGACUUUAUUUCUGUACAUGAGCCACGCACAACAAAAAUCGGCUUCCCCUUGUCCCAGAACCGCAGUGGUUUCUUCCGACGCAACCGCCGCAGAAGUGCCUCUUGCGGUGGAGGAUGCUGAGACUGGCGCCGACCAGCAGCUGCCGCACAGUACGGUAGUGGAGAAGGAAGGUCAUGCUACUUCCGAAGAAACCCUAGGGACCGAAUGCAAGCCAGCUGCUUCAACAGGAGCUAAACCCGAACGAGCUUGUAGGUUCGAGGCCUUGGUUCUCACUAAAACAGCCUGGGAGAUGUACCUCCCCUUUGGCACCCCUGAAACAAGAAGCCACCCCGUAAAGCCGCCCGGAUCGGAGGCCCUCCUUGGCCGGCUCAGCAAACUGUUGGUAAAUGUUGGAGGACUCAAUAUUCCAAAAGAGCUACAUAUGCACUUGGAGGCAUUUAGCAGCAUGUACAAAACACAUUUCCCCGAGCGGCAGCUUCUUUGGCUGUGGAGAGCGGGACACGCAGACAUGACCGUCAUCCUUCGUCAGCACCAGCAAGAGACUCAGCCUCCAGCUGAGAUCUCUGCUAAAGUGCAAGCAGCGGACUUCCGCGUGUGCCUGAUAACAGCAUUUGUACUGCUACUCUUUAACGAAAUUCCACUUGUUUCGGCGCAGACAGCAUCGCACUUAAUUGGCGUUUCCACGGAAGAAGCCUCGUCUAUCUUAAAAGGCCUUCAGACGGAACCGCAAAACCUUCUGGCCGGAGGCUCUACAGAAAAGGGUAAUGAACCACUGUCUCCACGGAGGGUACGCGGCCCACUUGAUGCGGAAGAGAGAGCAAAGCUUGAUGCUAAACUCGUGAGGAUAUUCAAGCAACACCGCCGACUGACUCACCAACAAUUGAUGCAGAUUCUGCAAAGGUCUGCUGAGAAGCCUUCCACAACAGGCGAGCAUGCUGAUUGUUGCGGGUUGAGGCCGGAAACUGUGAAGUCAUCUCUUGAAGGUCUAAUAUCAAAGGAAUACAUCGCCAGAGACGAAUCAGACCGGAAUCCAUUCAUGAAUGUUCACCUGUGCGAGAAUGAAACUUCAUUAAGUUGCUUUUCUUCAGACUAG